AUGAAAGGUUUAUCAAAGCCAAUAUCGAGUCCAAGCAGGGCAGAGAAAUUUCCGCCGCCAUUGAUGAGAUUCUUGAGGAGCAAUACAGGGAGCAGAAGCAGAGGCAGGUCACGUUCGAUUCCAAUGUUUCGCAUGCGUAGCAAAAAAGAUGCUGCGCCAGUUAUUGAACCAUCCUCUCCAAAAGUUACUUGCUUUGGCCAAGUCCAAGUGAGAACUUCUUCGUCCAAAACAACCUCCUCACAACGACCCGGAGAUGGUUCCUCCGCUGCUGCAAACCGCCCCUGCUGGGGGCUCAAGAAAACGCUGUUUUUCCAUAAAAUAAUUUCAUCGAAAUGUCAUAGACCAAGGCAUUCCUGCGGAGGGGGUUUGUGUUUUGGCUCUGGGUUUUGCAAGAAAGUUGAUACACGAGAGGAUUCUUGCAGGGUUGAUUCGAACCAAGAAAUCCAAAGGAACGAAGUUCAAAAGAAAAUGCCGGAGGUGCAGUGCAUCCUUUACUACUCACAAGGUGUAAAUCUGAACCGGCAAGAACUGGAGAAAGGCUUAAUCCAGAUAUUAAUUUCUCGAGGCAAAGAAGACAAGUGCUUGCCACCGUCCGUCAUAAUGAUGGAAUAUGGAUAA